UGUGUGGCCGCUGCCGCCAUGUUGUUGUGGUUGUGAGAAGGCGGCGGCGGCGGCGGCGGCGGCAGCGGCGGCGGCGGCAGCGGAGUAGCCGGCGGAGACGCUCCAGCGGCCCAGGCGCUGCCCCACGCCGGCCCUGGCUGGCAGCCUGGUGGGGUGGCGGAGGAGGCCGUGCGGUGGCGGGCCUCGCCAUGUCCUGCCACCUGAUUUCCUUGUGAAACCCUGUAGAAGAAAAAGUUCUCAGGACAAUAUUCAUUUGGUCUCAAGCAGAAGAGAAAGAAGAGCCUUGUUAGAGCCUGGAGAAGGACAGGGUCUCUCCUGCCCUGGCCUGGUCAUGGAUGAAGAGAUGCGGCAGAGCCUGGAGUGCAUCCAAGCCAAUCAGAUAUUUCCCAGGAAGCAGCUGAUUCGGGAGGACGAGAAUCUUCAGGUUCCUUUUCUUGAACUUCAUGGAGAGAGCACAGAGUAUGUGGGCCGUGCUGAGGAUGCCAUCAUUGCCCUUUCUAAUUACAGACUUCACAUCAAGUUUAAGGAGUCUCUUGUUAAUGUUCCAUUACAGCUUAUAGAAAGUGUUGAAUGCCGUGAUAUAUUCCAGCUUCAUUUGACAUGCAAAGACUGCAAAGUUAUCAGGUGUCAGUUCCCAACCUUUGAGCAGUGUCAAGAUUGGCUGAAGAGAUUGAACAAUGCAAUCCGACCACCUGGUAAAAUAGAAGAUCUCUUCUCAUUUGCAUACCAUGCUUGGUGCAUGGAGGUCUACGCCAGUGAAAAAGAACAACAUGGAGACUUGUGCAGACCAGGGGAGCAUGUAACGUCAAGGUUUAAGAAUGAAGUGGAACGGAUGGGUUUUGAUAUGAACAAUGCCUGGAGGAUUUCCAAUAUCAAUGAGAAAUACAAAUUAUGUGGUAGCUAUCCACAAGAGCUCAUAGUACCUGCCUGGAUCACUGACAAAGAACUAGAAAGUGUGGCAGGCUUCCGAUCCUGGAAGCGCAUCCCUGCUGUCAUCUACAGGCACCAGAGCAAUGGAGCUGUCAUUGCCCGCUGCGGACAGCCGGAGGUUAGCUGGUGGGGCUGGCGAAAUGCUGAUGAUGAGCAUCUGGUGCAGUCAGUGGCCAAAGCCUGUGCUUGUGACUCUCAAUCAAGUAUCAGCAAGGUGUCCACUAGGAACAGUUGUCGGGACUUUCCCAAUGGCGGAGAUCUUUCUGAUGUGGAGUUCGAUUCCUCUCUGUCAAAUGCUUCAGGAGCAGAAAGUUUAGCUCUCCAGCCACAAAAACUUCUGAUCUUGGAUGCACGUUCCUAUGCAGCAGCUGUGGCAAAUCGAGCCAAAGGAGGAGGCUGUGAAUGCCCAGAGUAUUACCCAAACUGUGAAGUUGUGUUUAUGGGAAUGGCAAAUAUCCAUUCUAUCCGGAGGAGUUUCCAGUCUCUACGACUGCUGUGCACACAGAUGCCGGAUCCUGGAAAUUGGCUUUCAGCGCUUGAGAGUACAAAAUGGCUCCAUCACCUGUCUGUGCUCUUGAAGUCGGCACUUCUUGUAGUGCAUGCUGUGGACCGCGAUCAACGCCCAGUGCUAGUGCACUGCUCAGACGGCUGGGAUCGUACGCCCCAGAUUGUGGCCUUGGCUAAGCUCCUGCUGGACCCUUACUACCGAACAGUAGAGGGUUUCCAAGUCCUUGUGGAGAUGGAAUGGCUGGAUUUUGGCCAUAAGUUUGCUGACCGGUGUGGUCAUGGGGAGAACUCAGACGACAUGAACGAGCGUUGCCCAGUGUUUCUGCAGUGGCUUGAUUGCGUUCAUCAGCUUCAGAGGCAAUUUCCUUGCUCUUUUGAGUUCAAUGAAGCAUUCCUUGUGAAACUGGUACAGCAUACCUAUUCCUGCCUCUUUGGAACAUUCCUGUGCAACAACGCCAAGGAGAGAGGGGAAAAGCAGACUCAGGAACGGACAUGCUCUGUGUGGUCACUUCUUCGGGCAGGCAACAAAGCUUUCAAAAACCUACUGUAUUCAUCUCAGUCAGAAGCCGUACUAUACCCCGUGUGCCAUGUGCGGAAUCUGAUGCUAUGGAGUGCAGUAUACCUUCCCUGCCCAUCUCCAUCUGCUCCCACAGAUGACAGCUGUGGACCAUACCCAGCCCCAGGCACCAGCCCUGAUGACCCCCCCUUGAGCCGGCUACCCAAGACUAGAUCAUUUGACAAUCUGACCACAGCCUGUGACAACAUGGUGCCGCUGGCCAGCCGGCGCAGCAGUGACCCCAGCCUGAAUGAGAAGUGGCAGGAGCAUGGGCGCUCACUGGAGCUGAGCAGCUUUGCUGGAUCUGGGGAAGAGGCGCCUGCCGUGGACAGCCUGCGGAAGCCCAGCAGGCUGCUCGGGGGUGCUGAGCUCUCUGUAGCAGCUGGUGUGGCUGAAGGGCAGAUGGAGAACAUUUUGCAAGAGGCCACCAAAGAGGAGAGUGGGGCAGAAGAGCCUGCCCACAGGGAGCACCCUGAGGUGCCAGAGGUCAAAGAGGAGGCACUCCUAGCAAAGGAGAGCAGGAUGGUGGCUGAGGGCUCAGAUGUCCUUUACCAAGAAUCCAAGCUGGAUGAUGCUACUCUAAGAAACCAUCUAGACCCCAGCCUGCCUUUGUUCUCACAGGAUAUUCCUCAACAGCAGGAUGGGCACAAUGUUCUCUCUAGUUCACUCCAGGCCCCCCUCAGGGGAGAGGACUCCCAGGAGGUCCCUGUGGAACAGCCUCAAGUAGAGAAUAUUGCAGAGGACAGGGAAAAUGUAGCUCCUGCUCUCCCGGUAGAUGCAAAAGUUGGCCUUGGUACCUCACAGUCUAGUUCUCUGCUGCCUUCCCAAGUCCCAUUUGAGACAAGAGGAUCACACACGAACAGCUCCAUGCACAUGUUACUAGAAGAUAAGGUAAAGUCAGAGAGUGGGCCCCAGCUCCAUCACAGACCUUGCCUGGCAAGCAGUGGUAGGUUCAGUGGCAAGGACAUGCUUCCCAUGGCUCCAGAGCCCAGGUCUGCUGAGAGGCCCCAAUGGGACUCUGUGCUAUAUAGGACUUCAUCCCCUGGCAACAGCCUCAGCCUGAUGCGGGCUCCUUGUGCCUUGCCGUUAGACAAAUGUAGACAGGGAAUUGUGUGCAACGGUGCCCUAGAGACUGAAAACAAGGCUUCAGAACAGCCUUCAGGGUUUGGCACCCUGCAGAAGUACCCCACACCCAAUGGGCACUGUGCCAACGGGGAGGCUGGGAGGAAUAAGGACUCCCUGAGCCACCAGCUAUCGGCCACCAUCUGCAGCUCUGCUCACUUGUACUCAAGGAACUUGCACCACAAGUGGCUGAAUAACCACUCAGGGAGGCCAUCUACUACCAGCAGCCCUGACCAGCCUUCCCGCAGCCACCUGGAUGAUGAUGGCAUGCCUGUAUACACAGACACAAUCCAACAGCGUCUACGUCAGAUAGAGUCUGGCCACCAGCAGGAAGUGGAGACCUUGAAGAAACAAGUCCAGGAGCUGAAGAGUCGCCUGGAGAGCCAGUACCUGACCAGCUCCCUGCGUUUCAAUGGGGACUUUGGAGAUGAAGUGACUUCAAUCCCCGACUCGGAAAGCAAUCUGGAUCAGAACUGUUUGUCUCGCUGCAGCACAGAGAUUUUCUCUGAAGCCAGCUGGGAGCAGGUGGAUAAACAGGACACUGAGAUGACCCGUUGGCUCCCUGACCACCUGGCUGCCCACUGCUAUGCCUGUGACAGUGCCUUCUGGCUCGCCAGCAGGAAGCACCACUGCAGGGACACUGACCGUGUUGAUCAAACGUGGAAUUGUGGGAACGUAUUCUGCUCCAGUUGUUGUAACCAGAAGGUUCCAGUUCCUAGCCAGCAGCUAUUUGAACCCAGUCGAGUGUGCAAGUCUUGCUAUAGCAGCCUCCAUCCCACAAGCUCCAGCAUUGACCUUGAACUGGAUAAGCCUAUUGCUGCCACUUCAAACUGAAGCUCAGAGACCUGAGGUGGCAGAGGCCAUGCUGCUGUUCCUUUAACAGGCUCCUCCAGAGCCGGGGCAGUCCGAGAGGCCCAUACACUUUGGAAUGGGGGCAUAGAACAACCUGUACAGAGAUUGGGAUGUACCACUGGAUUGUAAAUUGAUUUUUGUUUCAUCUUCCCUUCCCUUCCCUUCCCCCACGCUCCCUCUUUGCCUUCUAAAAAGAAAAAUGUCCCCAGUUGUCUCCUUUUUUUUUUUUUUUUUUUUUUAAUGGAAGCCCAGAGGUUGCCAGGCCCUAUAACUGCUGAGCUGUUUGCUGUCAGGCAUGCUGAGGGAUGGCUCAGUGCUUCCCAGUGGAAGGAGCCAGAAUGAAGAAUGAGACAGCAAGACAGGAAGUCAGCCUACCGUUAGUGACCAUUCCUCACAUCACAGCUGUGUCAGAGCUGACCGGUAACCCUUUGCUGCUGGGGAGGCUGGAAGGACCUUUCUGGAGAGUGCUGUUCCUGAGAGAGACGGGGCUUCUUUUGAGUUACUGAGGGCUGGGUGGCUGACAUGUUGGCCCACAUUGAUUCCAUCUUUAACUUGACCAGAUUGGGUAGGGCUCCCUUUGCCUCCUUUGGCUUCCUAAACAUCUAAAGGUGCAGACUGGCCAGAAUGCAGUGUCCUGCUGAUGUAGUCAAGGCCUGCACUGAGCUAGGCACCUGUGAGCUCUCGCUGGGGCCUGGUCCCACAAACAAUCUCUUCCUCGGCCAACACAGGGAAAUCCAGACUCAGGGUUCCACAAGUCCCCCAUUCCCAAAGCAGACCAAUCAUGCAUCUCCCCUUGAGGGACAGAGUCCCACAGUUACAAAGCUCUCCACACAAUCAGCCCUCCUCUUCCCCUACUUCUGGGGGCAGAAGGAAGGACCCAGGAGUCCCCUGUCCUGCUUCUGGCUGUCUUGAGUGGUCACAUGUCUGGCUUUUGCUACCAGUGAAGAGUCACUUGGUGACUUUAGGAUUCUUAGAAAAUGGCAUGAGGAGAUUUGGGGUACCUUUCCUCAGUGACCUUUGAUGGGGUCCAAAAAGAGCCUUAAACCAGUAAUUAUCUGUGGUGGAGGUGGGUGUGGGAAGGGUGGAGAGCAGUUCUGGUUGGUUGUGCUUUGAAUUGCUGGCAUCUAUGUUUGUGCCUUCCCCACCCCCGGGGCCAUGCUUGGCUCUGCUAAAAGCCGCAAACAGAUAGCAGAGCAAUUGUAGUGUGAGGGCUGGGUGAGAUUGGGGGGACACCUCAGUUCUAGCCUGGCCUGUUGCCAUGCCCCUCUCCUUUGGAAACUGUUACCUGGCCAUGGGUGUUCUGUGUCUCAGGAAGGUGGUUCUGCAUGUUCCCCAGUGGGUGCAAGAAGCCCAGAAGCCUUCCCCAGCACUGUUGGCUGAAACGAAGCCCAGGGUAUCAGAGCACUGCUCAUUCCUCCAGCAGCAAGUCACGCAGAGGCCUCGUCGAGUGAAACAGGGUCAAGUUUUCCUCCACGCUUGCUGUGGUCUGGAGGUGCGGGUGGGGGAAGGUUGGCAUAACUGAAGAUUGUGAAGUUCUAGUGACAGGUGCCAAGAGGUUAUGAUACGGGUUUCUUGGGUCUGUUGUACAGUGUGAAUAAAUGCUUGCAGCUCUUAGCCCCUUUUGAUCAAUGAAGCACUUUUUUAUUAAUAUUUUCUUUGUAUGUAAAGGAGGAACCGUAACUCUCCGUAGCUGUACAUAUAACCCUUUUCUCCUAAAGAGGAGUCAAUGCUCCUAUAUUUUUCAUUUUUUUUUUUUGUCAAAGCAAGAAGUAAAUACUUUAGAAUUGUUAAAUAUAUAGAUAAAGUGAAUAAAGUUGAGUGUCCGCACGGUGGCAUCUG